CUCUUGAAUCAGAAAAGAAAAGGGAGCGAAAAGGCCAAAGAAACGAGGCAAAAUUAAACAAAAAAAAUGAAGCUGGCAAGUGGUCAUGAAGCCGCCAUCUUGGAAGGAGAAGAACGGGAACGAAUGAAUAACGACUGGCAAGGUUUCUUCAAAGGAUUAGUUCGCCUUACCCCCGGUAGAUGGCUCUUACCGGCGCCUUACCUCAACUUUGGAGACAAGUAUUACAGUUUCCAGUUUAAGCCGAGCGACGUGGUGGUGAUGACCUACUCGAAGAGCGGCACGACGUGGAUGCAGGAGAUCGUGUGGACGAUGAGGAACAACCCCGAGCUCGACCAUCCCAUGACCAACACGCACAUCUUCGCCCGCUCGCCGUUCCUCGAAUUCGACAUGAUCACAGCCUGCAGCGAAACACCACCCCCCUUGGACCACCCGAUGGUGCAGGCCUUCUUCAAGAUGUGUCCGGGGAAGAGCCCUCUCGACGGCGCGCAACUGCAGAUGGCCGAGGUGCUACCGGAACCGCGUACUAUCAAGAGCCAUUUGCCGUUUAGUCUCCUCACUCCGGGGCUUCUCGACACGGCCAAAGUCGUUGGGGUGAUCAGGAACCCCAAGGACGUGAUCGUGUCCUUCCACCAUCACUGUCGCCUCAUCGCCGGCCAGAAGUAUGUUGGCUCCUUCGAGGACUUCGUGACGUACUUCGUCGAGGACGAUCUGAUAUACGGGCCGUACUGGCUCCACCUGAAGGAGAUGUGGGAGAAACGCGAACACCCGAACCUCCUAAUCGUCUUCUACGAGGACCUCAAGGCCGACGUCAUGAAGGAGCUGAAGCGGCUAAACGAGUUCAUGGGCACGGGGCUGACGGAGACGCAGCUGGGAAACGUGCAACGCCACACGUCCUUCGGGGAGAUGAAGGCAAGGGAGAAGACGCUCAUCGGCCAAGACUUAUUCAACCAGGACGUCUUCAAGAAGGACGGAGGAUUCUUUAGAAAAGGUCAGUCCGGCGACUGGAAGGGCAAGCUGACACCUGAGCUCGAAGCCAAGGUCGACCAGUACGUUCAGCAGAAGCUCAGCGACCUCAAGAUCCCCUUCAAUUUCUCCUAAGACGUCUGGCGGCAUCCGAGAAAGAUAGCUUAGAUUCAGGGUCCUUGACUCUAAGUGAUUCUCAAGUUUGGUGAGGGCAAAACAUUGUCCCAAAAAUAAAAGGGCAAGUUGAA